AUAUCGAUCAAGUGAUUAUUGUUGUAAGAGAGCAACGCUGGAUUGGGCCAAGCCCAUAAUGGAGAAAACAACAGGUUCCAACCAAAUUCUGAUCUCUGAACUUAUUUACUGGUUGGGCCCGUCAGGCUGUGCAAUAAUUGGUUCCAAAAAUAGAAGAAUCCAAUGAGAGGCUGGCACGUGUUCGAAUCUGCACCACCACACCUGGCCUAUUCUUUGUCGUCUCCUCAUAAAGAAACCCGUUAUCCCCCGUGAAAACGACUACGUUUUGCCUGCAUUUCCACUCGCCUCGUCUUGUUCCUACUCAGGCAAACUACAAUUUCAGUCACUCAACUUUUAUUCUCAAGCUUUUCGGCGCCUUCAAAAGUUAAUUUCGCCGAUUGGAAAUAAAAAUAUCGUGUUUUAAUUUUUGGGUCUGGUCUCCCAAUAGAUCUCACUUCUCGGUUUUUUAUUCCAUCUCGUCGCAUAUCCUCUCUUCUUCUUCUUCUUCUUCCUCUCCUCCACUGCUCUCUCUCUCUCUUCCUCCGUGUUACCGAGUACUACCAGAUCACGAAAAGGUGAGUUCGGUUUUCCAGAUCUUUCCUUCCCUCUCGGAGCUCUUUCACCGUCGGAUCGCUUUGUUGCUUCCCGCCAUUGGCGAGCUCUUCGUCGUUCUCUUUGAUUUCGGUUAUUCAGUUUCUCUCCGGGUCGUCAAUUAUGUGUCAUCGCUGAAUUCCGAUCGCGGAGUGAGUUAGGAGCGAGGAAGAUAUCGCAGUUGCGCCAGUGUGUUCGCGGGACUUCUCUUUUUGCUUUGAUUGUUUCGAUGGGGAUGGGAUUUCGAUUUCGGUUGCGCUUUCUAUUUCCUCGUCUUUGUUUGUCGGUUUGACGUGUUACCGGUCUGUGUCCGUGGCUUGCUUGAAAACAACUGCUGAAGGUGUCUGUGUGUGAGUUGAGUGAGCUGAGGAGAUGUAGAAGAAGAUUUGGAGUGUCUUGGUGGGAAAAGAACUCUUUGAUCGCUUUCAGCUGUUUCCACCUUUCUGGAUUGGUUAGAGUGGCGUCGAUCAUGUAUUGUGGUUCUUUUGUUUAACUUGUUUUCCGAUUUUCUGUGUGUGAUGAAGGUUGAAAAUGGGCGCUCAGAACAAUCUCGACAUGGAGGAGGGAACGCUGGAGAUCGGAAUGGAGUACAGGACGGUCUCUGGAGUUGCUGGGCCUCUUGUUAUUCUGGAAAAAGUCAAGGGACCCAAAUACCAAGAGAUUGUGAAUAUCAGAUUGGGGGAUGGGACAACCAGACGUGGCCAGGUUUUGGAAGUCGAUGGUGAGAAAGCUGUUGUUCAGGUGUUUGAAGGAACAUCUGGGAUUGAUAACAAGUUCACAACUGUGCAAUUCACUGGAGAGGUUUUGAAAACUCCUGUCUCUUUGGAUAUGCUUGGCCGUAUCUUCAAUGGUUCCGGAAAGCCUAUUGAUAAUGGCCCUCCUAUCUUGCCCGAGGCUUACCUGGAUAUUUCUGGAAGUUCCAUUAAUCCCAGUGAAAGAACUUACCCUGAAGAGAUGAUUCAGACUGGGAUUUCAACCAUUGAUGUCAUGAAUUCUAUUGCUAGAGGGCAAAAGAUUCCUCUUUUUUCUGCUGCUGGUUUGCCCCAUAAUGAAAUUGCUGCUCAGAUUUGUCGUCAAGCUGGUUUGGUUAAGCGGUUAGAGAAGUCUGACAAUCUUCUUGAGGGUAGUGGAGAAGACGACAAUUUCGCUAUUGUAUUUGCAGCCAUGGGUGUUAACAUGGAGACUGCUCAGUUUUUCAAACGUGAUUUUGAGGAGAAUGGGUCCAUGGAGAGAGUUACACUUUUCCUUAACUUGGCAAAUGACCCCACAAUUGAGCGUAUCAUUACACCCCGUAUUGCUCUUACUACUGCAGAGUAUUUGGCAUAUGAAUGUGGAAAGCAUGUUCUUGUCAUUCUUACCGAUAUGAGUUCCUAUGCUGAUGCCCUUCGUGAGGUCUCCGCUGCCAGAGAAGAAGUGCCUGGAAGACGUGGAUAUCCUGGGUAUAUGUACACUGAUUUGGCUACAAUCUACGAGCGUGCUGGACGUAUUGAAGGACGCACUGGGUCUAUCACACAGAUUCCAAUUUUAACUAUGCCCAAUGAUGAUAUCACACAUCCUACUCCUGAUCUUACUGGGUAUAUCACUGAGGGGCAAAUAUACAUUGAUAGGCAACUUCAUAACAGACAGAUUUAUCCUCCAAUCAAUGUUCUUCCAUCUUUGUCUCGUCUGAUGAAGAGUGCCAUUGGUGAGGGAAUGACUCGUCGCGACCACUCUGAUGUCUCCAAUCAGCUGUAUGCAAAUUAUGCUAUUGGAAAGGAUGUUCAGGCAAUGAAAGCCGUGGUGGGAGAAGAAGCUCUUUCAUCAGAAGAUUUGCUGUACUUAGAGUUCUUGGACAAGUUCGAGAGGAAGUUUGUUGCCCAAGGAGCUUACGACACCCGCAACAUCUUCCAAUCCCUCGACUUGGCAUGGACGCUGCUCCGCAUCUUCCCUCGCGAGCUGCUCCACCGUAUACCCGCCAAAACUCUGGACGCAUUCUAUAGCCGGGACUCGACCAACUGAGCCACCACUCAACUCCAUUCCUAGACUUGUUUUUGGGUCGAGCACCACGACUGCCCCGUGACAGCAUAUUCCGAGAAGCAAGAGUAAUAAAAGCAAAUAUUGAGUCUGAAGCUUUGUUCUGCCAGUUUAUAUAUUUGUUUUGUAAUUUAUUUAUUGUGCUAUUAGUUGGUGAUUCCCAGUUCUGGCUUGUUGGACAUGACUUAUUUUCUCUCGGUAGUUUUAAGAGAGUCAGGGCGCCGGCUGUUAGAUAGUAAAAGCACCAUUUUCAUGAGACAGCUUCUCUUCUCUUGCCUGCCCUUUUUUCUCGUGUAUGCUGAACUGCCAAAUUGAUUCUUUUUGGACAUUUUUUGUAAGCGCACAGAGUCCCUUUUUCUUCCCUUUCUGCGUUGGUUUCUGGUUCGCUGCGUAUUUCGAUAGUAAUGUUGCCAGUUUGCAGGAGCAUUGCCAUCGUAGAUGAUUUUAGUGAACUUAAUGCACGUUUGGCAAAUGGGUCGAGUUUGUGGAUUGCUGCUCGGUUCUAUGUAAAUGAGAAUGUUGAGGGUAAGGAAUCGUAUCAUGGGAUGGAAUGAAUGGUAAGUUGAACG